GGGAAAGUUUGGCGAGAGGCGUCCAGUCCCUCCCGCCCGCCGUCUGCCUACCUACUACGUAACGGACGAUCUGGAAUCUCCUCACCCACCCUUCGUCGCCGCCUGUCUUCAAAUCACUCACCACCUGCUCUCAUGAUUUGCGUCAUCCUACGAGAGGCAACGACAUAGCCUCACCUCCCCUGUGCUCAUAGAGACGGGCAGCCCGCCGUCGACGCUCAACGCAUCCCCGAUCGGUUACGUCGCGAGUCUGAAACAUCAACACCCCCCAUCCCUCGAAUCCCUCGAGACCGACCAUUUUGUCGCCAUCCCCUUCCGACAGACUCAACAUCGCCUGCGAGCGAGUGUGUAACUGAAUGACAACCCGCUCUCGCGCUCACCGCCGGCCGAUGGCGUAUCACGGGCCAUACUAUGGCUCUCAUCUGUCUACCCUCACGACAUCUUACAUCCCAUCACACCCCACCUCCAGCGCAUCAUCACAUCACAUCUACGAGUUAAGAAUAGAGGACAGCUGGAAAGCAUGGCAGGACGGAGGAGCCGGCGACCCCGGACUGGGCUCCACGGGCAAGGGCAUCCUCAUCGGCAUGCUGUCCGCCUUCGGCUCGGCAGCAUUGGUGGCCGCGAUCAUCGCCCUCGUCUAUUUCUUCCGCCACACCACCCGGGGACGGAUAUUGUUGGACCGGAUUGGCCGGCCAGGAGAGUACGAUGAUGAACAGCAGCAACUGCGAGAGGAAGAGGAGGCAGUGGCGGAGAUGGACGAGUCACAGCGGGCGGAAUGGUCAAGAGCGAAAGCCUUUGUCCAGCACAAUCCUCCCGAGUCGAUGCACACUGAUAUCUCCUUGUCACAAUUUCUAGCCAUUCAAGAGAAGGGGGUAUCAGCGUGGGAAUUCGAGCCCGAACUGGAGAUUGCCAAUUGCUUUGUGGAGGCACGGACGGAGAUUGAAUUCUUUGACUCGGAAUGCAGCGUGCAGAGCAACCUACCCAUUCCGAAACAGAAUGAGGUAUACUAUUGGGAGGCCAAGCUCUACGACAAGCCGGAAACGACCUUGGUCAGCAUCGGAUUGACAACGAAACCCUAUCCGCUCUUCAGACUCCCAGGCCUACACAAGUUCUCCCUUGCGUACUCCUCGACUGGCCAAAGGCGAUACAACCAGCCGUUCACCGGGACAAACUAUGGCCCUGCCUUUGUGCAGGGUGACAUUGUGGGUGUGGGUUAUCGACCUCGCACAGGCACCAUCUUCUUCACCAGGAACGGCAAGAAACUCGACGAUGUGGCACACGGCUUGAAAUCGCAGAACUUCUUCCCCACCGUGGGAGCAGACGGCCCAUGCAAUGUGCACGUCAACUUCGGGCAGGCAGGGUUUGUCUUCAUCGAAGCGAAUGUGAAGAAGUGGGGCCUGGCUCCCAUGACCGGCAGUCUCGCGCCACCGCCUCCUUACGGCAGCGAAGCAGGUAGUAUACUGCUGGAAGGCGGGCCAGAAAGCGUCCGAGACGGCCAUAACUUCACCACUCCUACGCAUGGCCGGACGAGUAGUGCGCAGAUCCGACUUGGACGAGGUCCGCCAGCACGGAGUCCGGGACCCGAACGUUCGCCGACGGACAUUUCCCUGGCGCAGCUGAAUUUCACGGACUACGCGCGACAAGAAGAGUAUGAUGAUGCGGGUGAGGGGACGAGCGAGGCGGCGCAGGGCAGCCAGCAAGCCACGGAUGCUCCGCCGCCAGAUUAUGAGAGUCCGGAGGAAGAGAGAUAUGAGUCAGAUGAUGAUACCACGCCCAGAGCAUCGCAGGACCAGGAAAGCGGGGAGCAGCAGCCGUUGCUGAGUCCGCCGAUACCAAGCUACGAGGCUGCGAUAGGCGAUGAGAGAACAGGGAGAGGACGGUAAAAGUCGUAGGCGGAAGUUUGUCACGACGGACGUUUCUGGCGUUCUGCAGGGUGCAAAAGCUAUGCUUGUUCGGGGCUCUGUAGUCACGGCGGCUGGCUGGAGUAUACCCAUGGAUUGAUGAUGUAUAUGAGUGCUCAACGCCUUUACGGAGGCGACCUAGAAAUGAAACGCUUUCUCUGUCAUUCAUCCGUCUGAGCACGUGAGCUGGGGUUUUCAUGCCUUGUGGCAAGGGUACGGGGAAAUACUGG